CCAAUUAUAAUACUUUAUCUAAUUUUUUCUUACCAGGAAGUAACAGAGAAUUUUUUAGUACUUCCUUAUCUAUAGAGAAGGAUGGUAUAGUCCAUUUUCAGUCUCUCUGGAGAAGAAGCAACAAUGGCAAUGGCGGGACUCACCAAUCUCAAGCUUUCUCUCUUUCCCAAUUCGCUUGCAAUCUCCUCUCUCUCCUUAAGUACACAGCCACUCCUUGUUUCUACCUCUAUUUUCCCAACAACAUCCCGCCGUUUCCCAAAGAUAUUUGCGUUUUCUAGCAAUGAUAUUAAAGUGGGCAGCAACAUUGAAGUGGAUGGGGCUCCUUGCAAGGUUAUAGAGUUUCUUCAUGUAAAGCCUGGGAAAGGGGCUGCAUUUGUGAGGACCACAUUGCGCAAUUAUGUAACAGGGAACUCCGUUGAGAAAACUUUCCGUGCUGGAAGUAAGAUAGAAGAGGCAAAUAUCUACAAGGAGACGAAGCAAUUUACUUACAAGGAUGCUGCCCAGUAUGUCUUCAUGGAUCUGACCAGUUUUGAAGAAUAUCGUCUAAAUGAAAAAGAUGUUGGAGAUAAAGCAAAGUUUCUAAAAGAGGGCAUGGACUGCACCUUGCUUUUCUGGAACGGGAAGGUGAUCGACUUUGAAUUGCCUAUAACAGUAAAGUUGACAGUGAUGGACGUUGAUCCAGGUGUCAAAGGUGACACUGCGCAAGGUGGAUCGAAGCCAGCAACCCUUGACACCGGUGCAGUUGUUAGUGUUCCGUUAUUCAUAAACAGAGGGGAGGAAAUUUUGGUGGAUACUAGAACUGGACAAUACAUGAGCCGCGCAUAGGUUGCUUCAGAUACGUUUUUGUAACAACUGAAACAUUUUGUAUCUGUAUGUAUUAGAACCUAGUAUGUGCCAGAGUAACAUUAGGAUCUCAUUGAGAUGCUCCUGGAAACCUUUUGUUUUCUACUGAUUUAAGUAGCCAAUGGGGAGUUGCGCAAAUCAGAAGCAGUGUUUUAAAAGGCCUACAUGGGACUUGCACCUGGGGGGACAUUUGCAAAACGCCCCGAGGCUCACGUGUGGUGCUUUAUUCUGAGAGGCUUACGCCUAACGCUCAAUGUUCAGGCUUGUCCAACAAUUCCUAAGGAAAUCAUGUCUAUGAAUAUACUCAGGCAGUCUAGUUGAAAUGAAGCCGCUCAAGUAGUAGCUUGGUUGGUUUUUUGAUUUGGGCUCAGAUCGCUGUGUGUUUCCUAAAGCUAUACAGAUUAGUUCUUUAAUCAUU